GAAGUGGUAGCAUUAUGGCACAUAGUAUAAUUCUCUAGCACAAUCAAGCAACUACGUUAGUUUCAGUUAUAAAAAUGCUGUAUGUAUCAAAAAUGACUUGCAAGAAAUUUGACGUCUUGAAAUCGGGCCUCUGUCUCUUUAAGAAGCUCCCGCUCUUUUCAACACUGUUGCGUGCUGAGCUCAGCAGACUCGCAGUUCUGCCAGGUGUUUGCUCGUUGCGGCUGCAGCUAGUCUGAGGGAGCCGAGUUGCUCUCUGUGAGGUGGAAACUCCACGGAGGAGCUUUGUACAAAUAGACGGCACUUCGGGAGAAUAACCAGGUCCGUUUAGAAUGGCUGCCACCAGUGACGUUUCUGUUAAUAAUGAACAUCUUUCGUUGACAGCCAGCUUCAACCCCCUUAAAGAAUAGAAGGCGAUACAAGCCCCCGAAAAGGAUCUCAGUGGGAGAAUAUUCUUGAGGCAGUUUGAAUGUGAAGGAAAUAUCCUACCGGGAGAGUUCAGAGUGUGUCGCAGCGUACAGGACGGGACAGACGCUGUGUGUGUUUGUUCCCGUGAUUGCCGGGAAAACUGGAUGAGCAUCUUUUUUGAAAAGUGGUUUAGUUCGCUCUGGCUGAGUCACGUGUCGGCUGGCCUCAUUACCAGCUACACAGAGAAGCAGCUAGGCUUUAUUAUCCUCUGCAGAUCCCACUUUAGACGGAGGCCAGCGGGAAAAGACGCCUGGUAGGUUUGCAGAUGGGGAAGAGGGCUGAGAUGACAGACUGGAGCUGAAGUUCUUCGUGAGUGAGAGGGAAAACACCGAGGAGGAAGAGGAGGAGGAAGAGGAGGCUUUAGGACCUUGAGAUUCGCGCUCCUCCCUCUUUUCCUCCUGCACUGAAGGCUGUUUACGAAGAAAGCUUCAGCUCUUGACAAAAACAAGGGCUGGGACUGAAGCGAGAGGAGCAGUGUGUCUGAUGCAUAGGCUCCUCACUCAUUUCGAUCCUCCAAUACUUACAAAUUAUAACUUUUACAGAAAGGAGGAGAGAGGGGGGGAAAAAAAUCACCAUGUUGUCGGUGAAUUCAGCCCGGCAGUUUUCCAAAAUGUUUUUUUCUUUGCACAUUGUUUUUCUGAGCGCCACCGUCGUGGAAGGCAGCACACCGAGCGGGGGGCACAGAGACUGUGUGAGAUCCAGAGGUUUGGACUACAGAGGAGAACAGCAGAGCUCCUCCACAGGUCUGACUUGUCUGAACUGGAUCAACAUAACAAGGGACUAUGAUGUUGAAGUGCACCCAGAUUCACAGACAGGUGCUGGAGAUCACAACUGCUGCAGAAACCCGGACGCCUCUGAGGGGCCCUGGUGCUACAUUGCAGCCCCAGAUGGAACAAUCCAGAGGCAGUUCUGUGCAAUUGAGACGUGCAGAGAGCAAACGACGGCUGCGCCAGCUGCGCCAGCUGAGGUCGGGUCCCUCAGACCUACAGAGAUCGUUUCCUCCACGCAGAGCUUGCAGGCAGCCACGCCGGGUGAACAGAGAGAUGUUGCUGCUGUGCAGCCAGUGAUGGGCAUCAGCCAGAGAGUGAGAACAGGACCCAAACAGAAGAAGGACCUGGGAACCACUGGCAUGGUCCUGGGCAGCCUUAUGAUGGCAAUUAUAAUCAUCCUGGGAGUGGGCAUCACGCUUGGCUACUUUUAUAAAAGGGGUCAAAGCCUGAAGAAGCAGCAUGAGCAGCGGCGGUACGAGCGUGAGAUGCAGAGGAUCUCCCUGCCCCUCUCAGCCUUCUCCAACCCCACCUGCGAGCUCAUAGACGAGAACACCAUCGUGAUCACGGCCGAGCACGAGACCACCCCCGUCCAGGAGGGCGGAGACCCGCUCAUGGGUCAGCACGCCGGUACUCCCGGAGCAUGAGAGGAGAAUGGGUUCCUCAAACUGGACCAAAACCGCUCCCGCGAUCCCCAUUUCUCCUUUCCGCCUCCCUGAGGGAGCUUAAGUUUCAGAAGAGUCGGGGAGCAGCGUCGGCUCCAAAGACUAAAACUGCCUGCUGUGUCAUUUGUUCUCCGUUCUAAUCUGUUCAUUUUUUUUCCCCCCUCAAUAAGUGAGACACGGAUGUUCUUCAGUAAAACAGACACAGUGGUAACAAACUAGAAAAACCACUGAAGUAUUUUGUUUUCUACAGAAUGGUCUACCCUCAGUUUGAGCUUUAAGUCAAGUGGACUUUGACUUCAUCAGUGUUUGUUGGAAAGCGGGUCUUUGUACAAAGACGAUAAUUGUGGAACGGGGAGAGAUUUCAGCUAUCUUUUGUUUUUCUUAAAGAGGCGAGUCGAAUUUGUCAGGCUUUGAUUUGCGUGUCCCACUGGCUGUGCCGCGGGAGAACAGAAACAUGUUCAGUAAGAGUGUUUUUUUUUGUUUUUUUUUUUUUUUUGUCUUGCAGACACACCACUGACACAGAUGUGUGUCCAUAAAUAGUCAUGCUCCUCUGUUGCAGGAUGCGUCAUGUAAACAACGGCCCACGAAAGACUGAAGGAAGAGGCCUCCAGCUCUGAAACUGCCUUAGAAUGAUACGUCUGAAUGUAUCCUGUUUGUUCUGAUAGCGCUUUCUGGCAAACAGAAGAAGACUUGCCCCCCCCCUUUCAUCCACAGGUUAAGGAGUGACAGGAAAAUACAAGAGUUCUCUCGGUACGCAUGAGACACACUAGUUAGUCCUCAGGAGAAGACGGCGCCGCCACGACACACAACAUAAAGAAAGCCUGGAUUCAGUCUCAGCCGUGUGUGACAGUGUGCUGCCUGUAGAUUAGCUUCCUGUGUUGAGUUGUGCAUCUCAGAGUAGACAUUUGGGAAUGGAGUAGAGCAGGAACAACCCCACAGUUUGGUGUUUCUUAAAACGGUGAAAAACCUGAUUGCAUGUGCAUGACUAUCUGCUGUAUGUUUAUCAUUCAGGGACCAUAAUGCAUCUCAUUAAACAGCACUGCAGCUUUCAUUAAAAAAAGAAACAAAAAAACAUGUAUAUAAGUAGAAAUCAUCAGACAGGGAAGGUUUUAGUUAGUUCCUUUUGUUGCACUGUUACUUCCCAAUGGGUUAUUGUUUGUCAUGUGAUCACUCCGGAUGAUCUGGUAGUGUUGGACCUUCAUCUGCAAUCAUUGAUUGCUGGUGUUUUUUUCUCUUGGCUGUAAUAGGUUUUAUCAUAACGUACUAUGAGUACUGAUGUUCAGCAUUUGAUUUUUAGUACUGUGUGACAUUUGUUGUUGCUCAGACUGACAUUAAAAACACUCUACAGUGUAAUGUCUUUUCUUUUGAAUAAGAAAAAAGCAUAGGAAUGAAUAUUUCUACUGUUUAAGUGUAGUUGUUGCAGUUGUCAUGACAAGAAUGUAGUACUAGCUCCCUCUGGUGGCAAAACAAGUGAAUAAAAGCAGACUACAUUUUUAGAAAUAUUUCA